CCCAGCUGGUCACUGCCUGCAGCGCAUCUCUUGGGGGCAGCCUCUCAUAAAUCAGAAAAGCAGUUUGCUAUAACUUAGGAUGAAAGUGACCCCCUGCAGGGACAAGAUACUGUGUCCCUCUGCAGACAACCACCUUGGUGGCCCUCCAUACCUGGGAAAUUAAGUUAGGCUUCGCCAGUUGCUUGGUGCCUGCAGCCCUAACCUCUGGAGGGGUGUGGGAGGCACCAGGCCCGCUUCCUGGGACCCUGUAAUUGCCCCGCCCCCAGCCCUUGCUCAUUCUGUCAGCCUCUCAGCAGCUGUUCUCCCGAGGGGCGAGGGGCGAGUCUGCCUCCCAGAAGGGCUCGUUUACAAUGUCUCAGGACAUUUUGGGUUGUCACAAAUGAGGGGAGAUGCUACUGGCACCUGGUGGGCGGGGGCAGAGAAGCGGUCAGCAUCCUACAGAGGGCAGCCUCCCCCUCCCCGCCCCAGCGCAGGGCCCUCCGAAACUUAAGCACUUGACGAGAUGCCUGUUCAGGCUGAGCCUGGCAGGGCCCCUGUAGAGGGGGGGAGAGGAGGGCGGAAAACAUGGUGAUUGGCUCAAAGUCUGAGUAACUAGAAGCCCCCAGGUUCCCCCUUCACAGGAAACAGGAAGGUGCCCCACCCCGCCAAAACGAAUCCAGCGGGCGACACUGGGUGGCCGGUCACGGAGACCAUGUCCAGACAGAACAGGGGGACUGGUGAAGGCCGGGGCCCCCGCGCCUCCGUCCACUCUCGUGGACGACACGUCCAAAGCGGACUUCGGCGGUGUGUGCUCCCAUCACGAGCGUCGUGGCCACCGAGGUGGCGGUCCUCCGGGCGCCAAGAGCGGCCCGGAAGUGCGCACGGCCUGGGCGGAGCGGGGCCUGGGCUCACUUCCGGCCGGCGCGGGCGCGGGCGGCCAGCUCCGGCCGGGGAGGUCCCAGGUGUGCAGACCUUCAUCAGGCCUUGGGGAAGAUGGCAGCCCUGGGGGAUGGUCAGGAGCCCCCUUGUGUCCCAUCCCCUGUCAGCCUCGAGUCACCGGGGACACCUGGAGCCCACCACCACAAGGCUCGGCUUCACCUCCGUGGUCAUCAACACGGGUCCUGGGGAGGAGCUGGAUCAGGACGGCAAGGCGCUGAGGACCCUUCUGAGGUCUCUUCCUCGAAGGCCCAUGUGUGGGGACAGCUUUGGGCAGGAGUCCAGCUUGGAGCAACCAGCAGGCCAGCCACCAGGGGCCGUGUCCUGUUCUCAGAACAGGGGUGCCUGGUGCAUGACGCUCGUGCCACAGGGAGCCUCUGGGACUGACAGUGGCCCCGAACUGGGGGACAGCUUCGGCCGGGGCUCGGGCCUUGGGGCCCGGCAGGGCAGCCCACGGGGCGGGAAGCCGCACAGGUGUGAGGCCUGCGGCAAGAGCUUCAAGUACAACUCGCUGCUGCUGAAGCAUCAGCGCAUCCACACGGGCGAGAAGCCCUACGCCUGCCACGAGUGCGGCAAGCGCUUCCGUGGCUGGUCGGGCUUCAUCCAGCACCACCGCAUCCACACGGGCGAGAAGCCCUACGAGUGCGGCCAGUGCGGCCGCGCCUUCAGCCACAGCUCGCACUUCACACAGCACGUGCGCAUCCACAACGGCGAGAAGCCAUACAAGUGCGGCGAGUGCGGCCAGGCCUUCAGCCAGAGCUCCAACCUGGUGCGGCACCAGCGGCUGCACACGGGCGAGAAGCCGUACGCCUGCAGCCAGUGCGGGAAGGCCUUCAUCUGGAGCUCCGUGCUCAUCGAGCACCAGCGCAUCCACACCGGCGAGAAGCCCUACGAGUGCGCCGACUGCGGCAAAGCCUUCCGUGGCCGCUCCCACUUCUUCCGGCACCUGCGGACGCACACGGGCGAGAAGCCCUUCGCCUGUGGAGCCUGUGGCAAGGCCUUUGGGCAGAGUUCGCAGCUCAUCCAGCACCAGCGCGUCCACUACCGGGAGUGACAGGUGCAGAGGCUGCGGUAUAGCCAGCAAGGGACACAGGCCCGCAGCCAGGCCUGGACGGGCCGGUUGCAGAGGGAAGGCUCCGGCCCGCUCACCCUUCCGGGCUGGCGCGGCCGGCACCGCAUGCCGAGUGUCCGAAUAAAUUCUUUUUAGUUAAUGGAAA